AAGUGCACUCUUCUCCGCGGUGUGGCGCAAGAUCGCGACAAGAGGAGAAAAAAAAGGCUUAGCAAAGAAGAGUUUAACUAAGAAGAAGCAAAAGUCACUCAGGUGUGCAUUUGUGGUAGUUGUGUCUAAGUGUGUGUGUCCAAAUAAAUGAUGGUAUGGUAAUCAGACAUCGCCGCACAAGUGAGGAAUAAAUUGAAGCGAAGAAUAGAGAGGACGGUGGAUCUCUACCCUCCCCCUUCAUAAAUGGAUAAAUUCUACACAGCGGCAGUGUGGAGACCUUCCAGCCUCUUGAAAGUGUGAAAUAUCGCUCAACCUGUGUGCAGCAGCGGUCGUCAGCAGUCUUGUUCGGAAUCUUCAAUUAACGGAUCUUGUCGGAGCGGUUGAAAACACGACAAGAAUACACAACAAGAGAACGCAGACGACGACGACAACAUCAACAAUAAUAAGCACAGAAGAUUGGACAUGGACCCCUCUUAAAAAAAAAGUGCAGAACUCGUUCGUGGGGAAUUCCCCGCGGCCAGAACAUGGAUUAGCUCGCGAACCUUUUAAACUCGACCUGAAGAAGGUUGACCAAGUCAGCUCAGGUGCGUUGCAACAAAAAGAAGAAAACGAAGAAGCUGUGUAGAAAAUAAGGAAGUUGAACGUCACGUCGACCGUUCUGUCCUCCGAAGAACCUCGAGAGGCGUGAGGGUUGAGAAUUGUAGAAAACAACAACAACAAAAAGUGCAUCACAAGUAAAACAAGAAGAAGAGCAACAAGAAGAAGAAGAAGCUUGGCCUUAGCCUUGAGUUGUGCGCGUUGAGCGGUUCGCCGGUGCCCGGUGCUGGCCCCCCUCCGCCGCAGGCAUGGGAACGCAGGGCCGGAGGCGGAAGACCGACCAUGACCGGUGGAAACCGAUGUUGGCGCGAGCGGCCACGGCGACGGCACUGCUGACCGGAUGGACGGUCUACCUGGUGCUGGCCAGUGUGGUGCCGGCGCGCGCAGAGUCCAAAUUAGAGUUAGCUUCCACAUUUAGGAAUGAAUCCGACGUGCCAUGUCCAUCGGGGACGUUUCGAUGCUCGGAGGGCAAGUGCAUCCCUCAGACGUCGAUCUGCAAUUAUCAGAAAGAUUGCGAAAAGGGCGAGGACGAGCUGAACAACUGUCCUCCCCCGGAAUGCGAGCAGGGCCAGAUCAGCUGCGGCCAGUACGUGUUCAACAAGACGUACUGCAUACCGCCGCACUACAAGUGCGACAUGACCGUGGACUGCGUCGACGGCACGGACGAGUCCGACUGCACAUACCGCAAGUGUCAACCGGAGGACAUCCACUGCGGGGCGCCGACGACGGGUCUGCUGUCGCCGGUGGGCCGCGCCGCCAACAUUUGCGUGCCAAAGGAGAAAAAGUGCGACGGUUAUCUGGACUGUCGGACGGGGGUGGACGAGGACGGGUGCCCGGGGACGGCCUGCCGGCUCGAUCAGUUCCGGUGCGCCAACGGGCAGCGCUGCAUCGACACGGCGCUCAAGUGCAACCACAAGAACGACUGCGGCGACAACUCGGACGAGCUGAACUGCAACUUCCCGCCGUGCCACGGGGGCCAGUUCCGGUGCGCCAACUCGCUGUGCAUCCCGGCGACGUUCCACUGCGACGGCUACCACGACUGCUCGGACGAGAGUGAUGAGGCGAACUGCACGGCGAUCGCCUGUCCGGACAACAAGUUUUUGUGCCCGAGGGGUGGACAGAACGGCCAGCCCAAGUGCAUCCCCAAGACGAAGCUGUGCGAUGGGAAGCGGGACUGCGAGGACGGGACGGAUGAGGAGACGGCCUGCUCGACGGCGUCGUGUCCGGCGCUCGGGUGUGAACACAAGUGUGGACCGUCGUUGACGGGGGGUGUGUGCUACUGCCCACCGGGAAGGACACUGUCGGCGGACAACCGGACCUGCGCCGAUCUGGACGAGUGCACCGUGUGGGGUCACUGCGAUCAGCUGUGUACCAAUACGGACGGGUCGUUCAUCUGUGCUUGCGCCAGUGGGUAUACGUUGAUGGACAAGUCGCGUUGCGUGGCGCCGACGGCGUCCAAUUUGGAGCUGAUCUUCGCGUACGAUCGAGCGAUCGUACGGAUGAGUUCGCACGGGCAGGACUUCAGGACGAUUGCGAACGCAACGGGAGCGAGUGGGUUGGCGUAUCACUACGGCAAGAAUCUACUGUUCUGGUCGGACAUCAAGACGAGGAAGGUUCAGUCGCAGGUGCUGAUGGACGGCGGUUACGGAGGGCAUGACUUCACGCUACCCGGAACCUGGGCACCGGUCGCGAUCGCGAUCGACUGGAUUGGGGACAAACUGUACGUGGCGGAUCUCGUCGGCCAGAAGGUCGACGUGUUUGAGCUUGACGGACGGUGGCACGCCGUCGUACUCGGAUCGAACCUCACCAGUCCAGCGGAUAUCGCACUCGACCCAACCUCCGGUCUGAUGUUCGUCGCUGACGGAAGUCACGUCCUGCGCGCCCACAUGGACGGAACGCACGCCAAGUCGAUCGUGUCGGAAGCCGCCUACAAAGCGUCCGGAGUCGCGGUAGAUGUCGUCGCGAAGCGAGUCUUCUGGUGUGACUCCCUGCUGGACUACAUCGAGUCGGUCAACUACGAGGGCGAGUACCGCGUCAUGAUCUUGCGAGGUCAACAGGUACCUUCCCCUUCCCGACUAGCUCUCUUCGAGAACCGUGUCUUCUGGACGGACGCCACCAAGCAGGGCAUCAUGUCCGUGGACAAGUUCGAGGGAUCCUCCAGCAUUCAGUCGAUCUUCAAGGCCAAGGACAUCCGCGAGCCGAAGGCGAUCAUCACCGUGCACCAACUCACCCAACCCAAAGUGUCCAACCCUUGCGGCACCAACAACGGCGGAUGCUCGCAGAUGUGCGUGGUGACCGCCGUCCAGGGCGCCCCAUCAGGCCUAGGCUACCGCUGCGCCUGUCACACCGGUUGGCAACUCUCCAAAGAUCUGAUGGGCUGCCACCUGGUGCGUCAGUUCCUCAUGUACUCCCAGCAACGGUUCAUCAAGGGCAAGGUCCUGGAUCCAGUGAUCGAGGGCUUCAACGACGCGAUCCUCCCGGUCGUCUCACGACGAGCCCGCUUCGUCGGCCUGGAUUUCGACGCCGUCGACGAGUUCAUCUACUACUCGGACGUCCUGCAGGACGUGAUCUACCGAGUGCACCGCAACGGAACCGGUCGCGAGAUCGUGCUCGCCUCGCAAAACGAAGGUGUCGAAGGCCUAGCCGUCGAUUGGGUGUCCAAGAACCUGUACUACAUCGACAGUCGCAAGGGAACGCUGAACGUGCUGUCAACCCGAACCGUCCAGUACCGACGAACCCUGCUGAAAAACCUGAAACGCCCCCGCGCGAUCGUAGUCCACCCAAACAAGGGUUACAUCUACUUCUCCGAGUGGGACCGCCCCGCCAACAUCAGCCGAGCAAACUCAGACGGAACCGGCCUCAUGGUCUUCAAGAACGUAACCCUCGGCUGGCCCAACGGCCUCUCGAUCGACUUCAAAGCGGAUCGCGUCUACUGGUGUGACGCCCUGCUCGAUCACGUCCAGCACUCGAACCUCGACGGAACCGACGUCAAAACCGUCAACUCCCGACUCAUCCGCCACCCGUUCUCGAUCGUGAUCCACGAAGACUGGAUGUACAUCACCGACUGGCGGCUGGACGCGAUCGUCCGGCUCAACAAGCUGACCGGCGAGCAGGAGGAGAUCAUGGUGCGGGAACCGCAAACCAACCGCCUGUACGGCGUCAAGGUGUACAGCCACGAAACGCAGUACGUGGACUCGACGCAACCGUGCUCGCUGAACAACGGAGACUGCGAGAAGCUGUGCUUCGCCGUGCCGAGGAACGACUCCAGCGGCGGGCUGUCCGUCAAGUGUGGCUGUCCGUACGGGGAGCGGCUGGCGGACGAUGGCCGCCGGUGCCUGUCGGAUCCGAACGCGGAACCGCCGCUACAAUCCUGUCCGAACACGUGGGACUUUACGUGCAACAACCAGCGGUGCAUCCCGAAGAGCUGGAUCUGCGACGGGGAUGAUGAUUGUUUGGACAACAGCGACGAGGAGCAGAACUGUACGAAACCAACCUGCGGUGCCAACGAGUUCCAGUGCAAGUCGGGCCGCUGCAUCCCGCUGAACUUCCGGUGCGAUCACGAGAACGACUGCGGCGACCAUUCGGACGAGUUCGAGUGCGGGAACGUGACGUGUGCGGCUUCGCAGUUUGCGUGCGAGAACGGGCGCUGCAUUCCGAACAUCUGGAAGUGUGACAGCGAGAACGACUGCGGCGACGGGUCGGACGAGGGGGAUUUCUGCGCGGAGAAGACGUGCGCGUACUUCCAGUUUACGUGCCCGCGGACGGGUCACUGCAUUCCGCAGAGUUGGGUGUGCGACGGGGAUGACGAUUGCUUCGACAAGCAGGACGAGAAGGACUGUCCGCCGAUCACGUGUUUGGCGAACCAGUUCAAGUGUAACGAUUUGAGACAGUGCGUUGAGGAGACUUACAAGUGCGAUGGCAUUCCGGACUGUAACGACGGUAGUGAUGAGUUGGGUUGUCCGACGAUGGAGCCGAAUCAAUGUAAUCUGGAGAAGCACUUCCGGUGCAAGAGUUCCGGGGUUUGCAUUCCGGUGGCGUGGCAUUGUGACGGAUCGAACGAUUGUGAGGAUCACUCGGAUGAGGAAGAGUGCGGAAAGAUCACGUGUCCGAACAACUUCUACAAGUGCAAGAACAGCAAGUGCGUGUACAAGUCGUACAUCUGCGACGGUAAGGACGAUUGUGGUGACAACUCGGAUGAGGGUGUCGAGCAUGCUUGCGUGACUCCACCGCUGAGAUGUCCGCAUGGACAGUGGGCUUGUCCGGGAAUUACGGGACGGUGCGUGAACAUGACUUCCGUUUGUGACGACGUUGAGGACUGUCCGAACGGAGCUGACGAGGGACUUGGAUGUGAUCUGGCUCAGUGUCAACAUCAGACCGGAUUGUGCUCGAACGGAUGUCAGAAAACGCCAAACGGUGCCCUCUGCAUCUGUCCACCUGGAGAAGAACUCGGACCGGACAAGUUUACCUGUCAAGAUUUGAACGAGUGCGAUCCUCCGGGACUCUGCUCGCAGAUCUGUACCAACACCAAGGGAUCGUACUUCUGUUCCUGCACGGACGGAUACAUCCUGGAACCAAACAAGCACAGCUGCAAGGCGGUGAACCAUUCGUCAGCCUUCCUGAUCAUCUCGAACCGACACUCGAUCUUGGUUGCCGAUCUCAACGAACAAGGUCUGGAACGCGUGCCGAUCAUCGUGGAGAACGUGGUCGCGACCGCUUCCAACAUGCACACCGGCACGAUCUUCUGGAGUGACAUGAAGCUUAAGAAGAUCUCCCGACUCGAUCGCGGCCAGGAACCACAGGAGAUCAUCUCAACCGGUUUGGACCUGGUGGAAGGACUCGCGUACGACUGGAUCGGCCAGAACCUGUACUGGCUCGACAGCAAGCUGAACACGAUCGAGGUCUGCAACGAAAACGGCUCCAACAGAAUGGUCUUAGUUCGCGAGAACAUCACGCAACCUCGUGGAAUGUGCCUCGACCCAAGCCAGAACGCCAAGUGGCUGUUCUGGACCGACUGGGGCGAGAAUCCUCGCAUCGAGCGUAUCGGAAUGGACGGAACCAUGCGCGAGACCAUCAUCAACACCAAGAUCUACUGGCCCAACGGGCUAACGCUGGACAUCUCAACCCAGCGAGUCUACUUUGCCGACUCCAAGCUGGACUUUAUCGACUUUUGCUACUACAACGGAACGGGACGUCAGCAGGUGCUCGCAGCCAGUCACUACCUACUUCACGCCCACUCACUGUCACUCUUCGAAGACACCCUCUACUGGACGGAUCGUCAGCUGAACCGAGUUCUGUCCGCCAACAAGUUCCGCGGAAACAACCAAACCGUGGUGAGUCACCUCAUUUCCCAACCACUCUCAAUCCACGUCCACCACCCCUCCCUUCAACCACUGUACGAGAGCCCUUGCAAGGGAGCCCCGUGCCAGCACAUCUGCCUGCUCAGCCCAUCCGAGAAGACCAACUACUCGUGCAAGUGCAAACCGGGCUACAAGCUGAUAUCCGAGGGACGCUGCGUCGAAGAGGAGAACGCCUUCCUGAUGGUCCUCAAGGGUAACCAGAUCGUGGACGUUCCGUUCAACGGAGGUGACGCCCGCGCUGGAAGUCUGAUCCCGGUGGUGGGAAUCGAAAGCGGCAUCAGUCUGGACUACGAUCGCAAGGGGGAGACGCUGUUCUGGGUGCAGGGCAAGGAAGAUGACGACGAAAACUGCACGAUCUUCACGAGCCCGUACGGUGGGGGUAACAAGACGGACUUCUUGGGCGUCAACAACGGUUUGGUGGGAGCGGCUUACACGAUCGCGUUCGACUGGAUCGGAAGGAACCUCUACAUCGGCAACAGGAUCGCGAGCAACAUCGAGGCGAUCAACGUGGACGGCAAGGUCAAGUACCGAACCGUGGUGAUGGUCAACAACGGGAACGCUACGUCGGUGAGCAAACCGAAGCAGAUCGCGCUGGAUCCGCCGAGUGGAAAGUUGUUCUGGAUCGACGAGGGAGGUUUCGGCGUUCCCACCAAGAUCGCGAUGGCCAACAUGGACGGUUCGAGUCCGGCGAUUCUGGACGAAAAGGUCAACUAUCCGGAAUCGAUCACGGUCGAUAUCGACAAGCGAACGGUUUACUACAGCACGCAGCACCCGCCGGAGGUGCGUUCGAUCGAUUACGAGGGCAACAACAAGAAGACCAUUCUGAGUGAGGUGAACGCGAUCUCCAAACCGCGAGGCUUGGGCGUUCUGGAGUCUCGAUUGUACUUUAUGGAUCCGGUGUACGAGAAGGUGGUGCGGGUUGACCUGCCGAACGGUGACAACGCAAAGACGAUCUUGGAUAAUGAUGCCGACCUGAAGAACAUGGUGAUCUUCAAGAAGCGAUCGAUGCCGCAGCAUCCGUGCAUGAUGAGCAACGGCGGUUGCGAGCACAUCUGUAUUCCGUUUGAGAACGGAGCUCGGGUGUGCGCUUGCGGAAUGGGUUACAAGAAGGAGAACGAGGUCGUUUGUACGCCGUACAAGACGUUUGCCGUGGUUUCUCAGCUGGAUAUGACCCGUGGGUAUAGUUUGAAGGACAGCUCGGAGGCGAUGGUGCCGAUCACGGGUCCGGGACAUCACAUCUUGCACGUGGAUAUUCUGUACCGCGAGUCGUGGAUCUACUGGGUUGAGUACAAUCGUGGACAUUGGAACGGAAUCUUCAGGAUUCGACCGAACGGUACGGAGUUGACGAAUAUCAUCAAGGAUGGUAUUGGUAGCAACGGAAUACGAGGUAUCGCGAUCGACUGGGUCGCUGGAAACAUGUACUUUACGAACGUAUUCCCGCACGAGAACUACGUGGAGGUCAGUUGGUUGGACGGCACGCACCGUAAGAUCAUUGUAAAGACUACGAAUGAUGCUCCGAGGGAGCUGGCGGUGAAUCCGAUCAAGCGACUGCUGUACUGGAUCGACUACGGACAAUAUCCAAGAAUCGGCAAGUGCUACUUGGAUGGGUCAAAUUGGAUUCCGGUUGUGACGUCGGGUAUCUCGAACCCGCGCGAUCUUACCAUUGACAUGCUGACGCACGACGUGUACUGGGUGGACUCCAAGCUGGACAUGAUCCAGAAGAUAUCGUACAGCGGCGGUAACCGACAGGUUAUUCGGCGAAAUCUCGCUAACCCGAUGGCGAUCGCGGUCUACCUGUCCGACAUCUACUGGGUCGACCGAAACCUGCUUACGGUCUUCAAGGCGUCCAAACUGCCAGGCAAUACCACACUUCCGGAGAAGGUUCGCACGAACCUGCAGAAGCUGCGCGACAUCUCGAUCUACGACAUCAACAACCAACCGAUGGACGACAACAAUCCGUGUCUUCGACUCGGAAACGGCGGAUGUGAUCAACUCUGCUUCAGCUAUCCACCGGAAGCGAACCAAAAGCCAUCCUACAAGUGCGAUUGCGCCGUGGGACGACUGUCUACCGACGGACGUCGCUGCGAGCAGACCGACGAGUACGUGGUGUUCUCGACCCGUACGGAAAUCCGCGCGAUCGAGCUGGAUCCGGCGUCAACGAACGUGCCGUUCUCAACCGUUGCCAACCUGACGAACGUCGUCGGGCUGGACUUUGACUACGCCGACAACAAGCUGUUCUUCACGCAGAUUCGUCCGUGGGCCAAGAUCGCGUGGACGCCGGGCGAUAAGCCGGAUACGACGAAGAUCACGCCGGUCAUCAGUCGGGGAAUCAAUCCGGAGGGAAUCGCGUACGAUUGGACGCAGAAGAAGAUCUACUGGACGGACAGCUCGAACAACUCGAUCUACGCGAUGAACUUGGACGGGUCGGAUUUGGUGAUGAUCGCGCGGGUUGAACGGCCGCGGGCGAUCGUGCUCGAUCCGUGCAAUGGAACGCUGUACUUUACGGACUGGGGACGGUUUGGGACUUCGGGGAAGAUCUUCCGUACGACGAUGGCGGGGUCGCUGAAGCGUGCGAUCAUCGAUAAGGAUCUGUCGCAGCCGAGUGGGUUGGCGAUUGAUUACGAGGAAGCGAUGCUGUACUGGACGGACGCCGUGAGGGAGAAGAUCGAGCGAUCGAAGCUGGACGGAAAGGAUCGCGAGGUGUUGGUAUCGGCUACGAUCUAUCCGUUUGCGAUCACGGUGUUUAGGAAUUACAUCUACUGGACGGAUCUCCAGCUGCGGGGAGUUUACCGGGCGGAGAAGCAUACGGGAGCGAACAUGGUUGAGAUGGUGAAGCGGUUGGAGGAUAGCCCGCGGGACAUUCACAUCUACAGCCACAGUCGACAGCAGUGUCAGGCGAAUCCGUGUCUGCAGAACAACGGAGGAUGCGCGCAGAGUUGCCAUCCGGGGCUUAACGGAAAGGCCGAGUGCAAGUGUGACGAUUCGACGAAGCCGGUGAACGAGGGACGGAUGUGUGCGCCGAAGAACCAUACGUGCGACUCGAGCAAGUUCUACUGCCAGAACGGCAAGUGUAUCUCGAGGAUGUGGUCUUGUGAUGGGGACGAUGAUUGUGGAGACAACUCGGACGAGGACACGAACUACUGUGCGUUCCAUUCGUGCGGACCGAACGAGUUCCGGUGUAACAAUGGACGGUGUAUCUUCAAGUCGUGGAAGUGCGAUCACGAGAAUGACUGCAAGGACGGAUCGGACGAGGAGAACUGCUCGUAUCCACCGUGUGUUGAUGGGGAGUUUACCUGCUUGAACGGGCGGUGCAUUCCGCAGAGUCAGGUGUGCAACGGAGUCAACGACUGCAAGGACAACGCGACUUCGGAUGAAACGCACGAGCGGUGUCCGAAGAACACGACCUGUCCGGCGAACCACCUGAAGUGUGACAAGACGAACAUCUGCGUUGAGCCGUACUGGCUGUGCGAUGGGGACAACGACUGCGGUGACAACUCGGACGAGGACGUGCUGCACUGUGCCCAGCGGACGUGUCCGCAGAACAGCUUCCGCUGUCCGAACCAUCGGUGCAUCCCGGCUACGUGGUAUUGCGACGGAGACGACGACUGCGGUGAUGGUGCGGAUGAACCUCCAGAGUACUGCAAGUCCGAGGGAAGGACGUGCUUCGGCGAUCUGUUUACUUGUGACAACGGUAACUGCAUUCCGAGGAUCUACAUCUGCGACGGGGACAACGAUUGUCUGGACAACAGCGAUGAGGAUAACCGGCACCAGUGUAACGACCGGAAGUGUGACGAGGAGACGGAGUUUACCUGCAUGGAGAACAAGGCUUGGGCGCGGGCGCAGUGCAUCCCGAAGAAGUGGAUCUGCGACGGUGAUCCAGAUUGCGUUGACGGAGCGGACGAGAACACGACGAUCCACAACUGUCCGACACCGCAGCCGUGCAGCGAUGAUCAGUUUGCGUGUGCCAACGGAAGGUGUAUCAAUCAGGGUUGGGUGUGCGACCACGACAACGACUGCGGCGACGGGUCGGACGAGGGCAAGAACUGCAACAGCCAGUACAAGACGUGUUCGCCGCAGGAGUUUACCUGCCAGAACUUCAAGUGCAUCCGGAAGCAGUACCGGUGCGAUGGGGAGGACGACUGCGGGGAUCACUCGGACGAGGUGGACUGCAAGAAGGAGAACAACACGUGCCCGGAGGGCAAGUUUACGUGCAACAACGGGCAGUGCAUCGAUAGUCAGCUGGUGUGCAACAAGGUGCCGGACUGUUCGGACGAGUCGGACGAGCCGCUGCACUGCAACGUGGACGAGUGCGCCAAGGUGGAGAUCCACCGGUGCGGCCACAAGUGCGUGGACACGCUGACCGGGUACUACUGCGAUUGUAACCAUGGAUACAAACUCCUAGAGGACGGCAAGGCGUGCGCCGAUAUUGACGAGUGUAUCGAAACGCCGGGUGUUUGCUCGCAGCACUGCUCCAAUACGCCGGGUGGGUUCUACUGCAAGUGUGACGAACGGUACUACGAGCGGCAGAACGACGAGCACACGUGCAAGCGGAAGGACGCCACCGAGCCGUGGUUGAUCUUCAGCAACAAGUACUACGUGAGGAACAUGUCGGUUGACGGACGGCAGUACAAUCUGAUCCACCAGGACUUGAUGAACGUGGUGGCGAUCGACUUCGACAUGAAGGAGGAGGAGAUGUACUUCUGCGACGUGACGGCCAAGACGAUCUUCAAGAGCAAGUUUGGCGCGAUCGUGGACGAUGUGAAGAUCGAGAAGGUGCCGGUGAUCAAGCAUGACUCGCACGGCUUGGAGGGCAUUGCGAUUGAUUGGGUUGGAAGGAAGUUGUACUGGUUGGAUAGGCACUCGAAGAAUUUGGACGUUUCCGAGCUGGACGGAACUAAGCGGAAGACGCUGAAGAGUGGAGUGGUGGAUCCUCGAGCGAUCGUGGUUCAUCCGGGUAUUGGAUAUCUGUACUUUACCUCGUGGCAUCUGCAGGCUUACAUCGCCAAGAUGGGUAUGGACGGGUCGAACUUCACCAGGAUCUUGACCUGGGAGGACGACAUCGCCUGGCCGAACGCGCUGACGAUCGACUACUUUACCGACCGUAUCUACUGGGCGGAUGCUCACUUGGACUACAUCGCGUUCGCGGAUCUGGAAGGUCGCCAUCGGCACGUGGUUCUCUCCGGUAACAAGGUUCCGCACGUGUUUGCGCUGUCCAUCUUUGACGACAUGCUGUACUGGACGGAUUGGAACAUGAAGGCGAUCAUCCGGGCUAACAAAUUCACCGGACAAAACUUCACCGUGAUCAGAAACACAACACAUCGACCGUACGAUGUCCACAUCAGCCACCCGUUGAGGCAGGUCCCGUACAACAACCCCUGCGGACAGACCAACGGCGGUUGCACGCACCUGUGUCUGCUCGCCCCACCCCUCGAGUCGACCUACCUGAACGUCGAGGGCUACAUCGAGGAGGGCGCCCCCAGCUACAAGUGCGCCUGCCCGAACCAGUUCUACCUGGCGCGAGACAUGAAGACCUGCAUCGCCAACUGCACGAGCGGUCAGCAUCGCUGCGGCGGAGCCGACGAGAAGUGCAUCCCGUGGUUCUGGAAGUGCGACGGCGAACCGGACUGCAAAGACAAAUCGGACGAACCGGAGUCGUGCCCGGCACGGCACUGCCGAGCGGGUACCUUCCAGUGCGGCAACGGAAACUGCACCCCGUCGACGACGAUCUGCGACGGCACGGACGACUGCGGCGAUAACAGCGACGAGCAGAACUGCGACCUGCCCUGCCCGGUGUCGGACUUUAAGUGCCGCUCGAGCGGACGCUGCAUCCUGGACAGCUGGAAGUGCGACGGGGAUGCCGACUGCAAGGACGGCAGCGACGAAGAUCCGGAGAUUUGUCACAAACGAUCGUGCGAUCCGGACACGGAGUUUAGCUGCAAGAACGGCCGCUGCAUUCCGAAGCUGUGGAUGUGUGACUUUGACAACGACUGCGGGGACGAUUCGGACGAGCCGGCGUACAUGUGUCGGCAGCGGAACUGUACGACCGGAUGGUCGCGUUGUCCGGGCCAGUCCAACUAUCGGUGCAUUCCGAAGUGGUUGUUCUGCGACGGGAAGGACGAUUGUCGGGAUAAUAGCGACGAGCUGCCGGAGAACUGUCCCAAGUGUAACGCGGAGACGGACUUUAAGUGCAACAACAACCGGUGCAUUCCGAAACAAUGGAUGUGCGACUUUGCGGACGACUGCGGCGACGGGUCGGACGAGUCGGACGCGCAGUGCAAGGGCAAGUACCGGGAGUGCUCGGAGUCGGAGUUCCGGUGCGGCAAUGGCAAGUGCAUUUCGAGCAGGUGGCGCUGCGACCAUGAGGACGACUGUGGGGACAACUCGGACGAGUUCAACUGCGAAGGAUUCGCGUGCAAAAACGGAACGUUCCAGUGUACUUCUGGGCAUUGCAUUGCUUCGUACUUUAGGUGCGACGGUGAUCGCGAUUGUCGGGAUAUGUCGGACGAGAUUGGGUGCCCGCCGAGGUUCCCUGGGGGAAGGUAUUGUCCGGAGUCGCGGUUCCAGUGUGCGAACAAUUUGUGUGUGUCGCCGUCGGAUCUGUGCGAUGGAACGGAUGAUUGCGGGGAUAAUUCGGACGAGGCGGCUUCGGUUUGUACCAACUUUAACUGUGACACGCUGAGGAGGUUCCAGUGCGCUAAUCAUCGGUGUGUGGCGAGGUAUCAGAUCUGCGACGGAGUGGACAAUUGUGGGGAUGGGUCGGAUGAGAACAAUAUGACGCUGUGUGCGACGCGGCAGAAGUCGUGCGAUUCGUACACGCAGUACCAGUGUGCGAACAAGAAGUGUAUUGAUCGGGCGCAGAUUUGUGACUAUGCGGAUGAUUGCGGGGACAGUUCGGACGAGCUGGGAUGUCACCACACGAGUACGUGCUCGGUGAUGAACAAGGGAGGUUGCGAGCAUCACUGCAUGAAUUUGACUGAUGGUGGGUACAUUUGUGCUUGCUAUCCAGGGUUCAUUAUUGACGCGCAGAACAAGAAGCACUGCUUGGAUAUUGACGAGUGCGCGACUGGAACGCACAAGUGUUCACAGAUCUGUCAGAAUUUGAACGGGUCGUAUGCUUGCUCGUGUCGGGAUGGAUUCCGGCUGGCGGAUGCCGUUUCUGGAGUCUGCAAAGCUUUGAAGGACGACGUGCUGGUUGUGUUCAGCAGUGGUCCCGAGAUUCGAGCGUACGAUCUGAAGGUCAACGAUCAGUUUGACGUGAUCGGUGGCGAGAAGCGUAUUGAAGCGAUCGAUUACAACCCGGAGACGCAGAUGAUCUUCUGGGCGGACAGCUACGACAAGACGAUCAAGCGAAGCUACAUGAUCAACGCUUUGAAUGGGGAGGCCAAGAUCGGGUACGCUCAGGACCUGAACAUGAAGGGUAACUCGAAACCAACGGCGCUGGCCGUCGACUGGGUUGCGGACAACCUGUACUGGGCGGAAACCGAUCGUACCGGAUCGAAACCACGAGGUCGUGUCAUGGUGGCGAAGACCGAUGGCCGGUACCGUCGUGCCUUGGUCAACGCUGGCCUCGAAGUCCCGACCUCGAUCGCGGUUGAUCCUCAACUGGGUCGCCUGUUCUGGGCUGACGCCGGUUCGGCUCCCAAGAUCGAAGUGUCCUGGAUGGACGGAUCGAAACGACGCCCGUUGAUCACCGAGGCCAUCCGCCAUCCGGCCGGUCUGACCAUCGACUACUCCCAGGACCACAUGGUCUACUGGGUGGACACCAAGCUGAACACGAUCGAGGUCAUGAAGCCGGACGGAUCGAUGCGCAAGGCCAUCCUGAAGGGCGAGAUGCUGAAGCACCCGGUUUCGCUGGACGUGUUCGAGUCGUACCUGUACUGGAUCACGCGGGACACCGGCGAGCUGCUGCGCCAGGACAAGUUUGGCCGCGGAGUGCAAGUCGCGGUUCAACGAAGCCUCGCCAAUCCAUCUAGUUUGAAGGUUUAUCACGACCUUCGUUACAACACCUCGCUGAACAACCCAUGCUUCAAGAACCCGUGCACGCACUUGUGCUUGCUUGUUCCCGGAGGACGACGCUGCUCCUGCCCGGACAAUACCGUCCAGCAGACGUCGCACCGCAGCACGGCCGAGGUCGUUUGCGAUGCCCCCGUGGAACGCAUCCGGCCCUCGCCCCGGAUAUGCCCCUGCCAGAACGGUGGCCAGUGCCGCGAGGACGACACCGGCAACGAGCUGGUGUGCGUGUGUCUGGCCGAGUUCAGCGGCGCGCACUGCGAGUUCUACAGCGAGCGCAUGUUCGGCUCCAGCCCGGGCAGCGCCGCCGCCAUCUACAUCCCGAUCCUGGUCGCGAUCCUGAUCGCCGCCACCGUCGGGCUGUACUUUAUCAUCAAGAAGAGGCCAUUCGGCAAACCAAGUCUGACCUCGUCGCAGAGUGUGUCGUUCCGGCCGGGGACGAACGUGGAGUUCAACUCGCCGGACUUCCCCUCGAACAGGCCCCCCACGGGGGUGAUACCGGCGGGAGGUGGUGUGGCCCCGCUCGACGGGUACAGCCUCGAUACGCUCGGCAACAAGACGACCGAUUUUAGCAACCCGAUGUACGACGCGGUGCAGUCCGGGACGACGGCCGAUCCCGGCGGCGUUGGGAACGGAUCGGGUAUCUACGAGGUCCCGUCCGACGUGAGUGCCAAGGGUGGCAAAGGGGGAGCCCCCUCUUCGGGGCCCUUCGUGGAACCCGUUUCGGCGAUCCUGGCGCCGAGCAGUAUAACGCACCGCACCUCCCCCCAGCUGCACCUCCGCCCCAAGGAGCUGAGCCCGUCGUCCCACGACACCGGCCGGGACACCCAGCUGCUGGUCGAGGAGGACAAAUCCGAGUGCUGAUGAGCUGAGGGAGAGGAGAGAGCGGAGCAUCAACCAAUGAGAGCGGGAGAGAAACAUACACAGAGAGAAUCGGAGCAAUACCGUACACGUCACAUAUGCACACACUCACACAGACAGAAGAGAGAAUGAAGAGAGAGUGAAGGCACGCACGCAGUAAGGCAGCUUCUAAAAAAAGUGAGAGGGUGUUAAAAAAGUAACAGAAGAUGUGCCUUUUAAUAUUUAUACUUUUUUUUUUAAUUAUUAUUUUGUUGUUGAUUGGAGCCAAGCUCAAGCGAAAUGGUUGGCCAAAAGAAGGAAGUCGUUCCGGAGGGGUUUCCGGAACGGACCGGUGGCCAAGCGUGCGGUGUCAAACUUUGUGAGUGCAUACACAAAACUAGAAAACGUCGAAUCAUUCCUGGUUGAGAGAGUUUUCUCAACUAAAUAUUUAUACAGCAAAAGUGAGUGAGAAAAACUACGAAGAUGAAGAAAACAAAAAUCACAAGUGAGCUUUGUAAGAAACGUUUGUACAUAGACUCUAACUGUAAGCUCGUUAAAUUUUUAAAAUGAUAUUUAUAACUAGCUGAGAAGCUGAGCUGAAGCACAAAAUACACACCAAUUUGGAAAAGAAAAGUUAACGACAUCAUUUUUAUCGCAAAAACUAUUUUGUGAGGUCCAAGAUAUUCAAAAUUUUAAAGACAUGUUAUUACUAUACAAAAAAAAAAUACAUUACAUUCAGUGUAUGUUGCUUUUAAAUAGAGAAGAAGAAACAUAAAAAAAAACUGUAACAUUUGAUGACUGAUUGUGCAAUCGAGAGCGAGAACGCGAGAGAGAGAGAGAGUGAACACAACUCAUGAUAUUCUUUGAGCUGAACGAGGUGAUAUUUUCUAACGCAAGCAGACACAAAAUAUUCAGCGCAAAAACAAACA